UGAUAAGUGUUGGUGUUCAGUGGAUGCCACGCAUGCUCAGACGUUAUGAUUACUUCUCUCUCUCUCUCCCUCUCUUUUCCCUCGGUCAGGCUCUGGAGGAGCAUCUGUAUCAGUGCUCAGAGAGCGGUGGACGGGCAGAAGGUCGCCAUAAAACACACAUUUUUCUCCAGCAGAGUGAAGUGAGGUGACCGCAGGUGUCGGGGUCUGGUCGGGCUGAGGCGUGCCACCGUGCCCUUGAGGGGACACUCCCGACUGCCGCAGGAAAUAAAGAAGGAGGAGGAGGAGGAGGAGAGGUUAUUUAAAAAAAAAAAAGAGAAGCAGACAGAAGAACAAAUGGCCAGAGAAGAGGUGAUGGAGCGUUGGAGAUGCUCGGUAAAUGACUGAGGCUGACCGAGAGUCAAGUUCAACCCGGUGGGAUCCGCGAGUAAGCAGGUGUUUGUCUUCUCUGAAGCUUCAAAAUGGAGUCCACUCACCUCCUGAGCAGCUCUAAGAAGAGAGUGAAGAUCCACCCUCACACCGUCACAGCCAAAUAUGCCACGCACACUCCGUACUCCCCUCAACCUGGAGUGCACACGCACUUCCCUCAGCCCGGGGACGACGGCUAUGACGACGCGCCAUCUUUUGAGGACUUUGGCUCCUUCCUGGAGGAGACGUCAGACAGAAAACAGCUGACGGAGAGCAGGAGGUGGCCCCUGACUCUGUUUGGCUCCAGAGACAAAGAGAAGGAUACGGCCCUCAAACCUCAGGCUCCCGGGGGAGGAGACGGGAGCGAGGGGGCAGCCAAAGCAGCGAAGGGGUCUGGGAGAGGGGUAGGGGAACAGCUGGCCAGUUUUGGGGAGGCAUCCGUGUCCGCUUCACGUCUCACCUGGGUGGGGCUGCUUGGCGCCGCGCUGGCCCACGGUUGUUUGAUUGUUCUGACCCGCCUGGCCUCAGAGCACUUCAGCCUCGGUCCCCUGUUUCUCCUCUUAGUUCGAUCCAUCGUACAGCUCAGCUCUGUGGCUGUGCCACUGCACAGGGGGGAGAACCCUUUCGGACCAGAGGGCUAUCGUCUACGUCUGCUCUGUUAUGGCAUCGCCUACUCACUGUCCCUCUGCUGCGCCUACUCAUCCUUAACAUUCGUCUCUCCUGGAAACGCCACGACAACCUGGCGCCUGGCAACCACAGCUCUGUCAGCGACUCUGGCCUUCCUGCUCCUGGAAGAGAGGCUGGGAUUGUCUGACGGGAUCACCAUAGCUGCAGGGCUGUGCGGUUUGGGGCUUGUGUUACUCCCCACAGCAGACGAGAGCAACACAGGUUCACCAACCGACCCGGUCACGUUCUGGAGAGGAGCUUUCGGCUGGUCUCUUUCGGCUCUCGCUGGACUGUGGAUGGCCCUGGCGCUGGUCGGGUAUCGCUCCCUGAAGGAGAGGGUGGGAGUCGGCACGGCUCUGUUCACAGUAAGCUGGACGGGCUGCCUGCUCGCCCCAGCCUCCUUGGCUCUGCUCCAGGAGGGCUGGUCCUGGCCUACGACCGCCACGGCUUGGGGCCUGGUCCUGGGCCUGGUUGCCUGCUCAGUAGCAGCCUUCCUGGGGAUGACGCACGCCCUCACGCGGCUCCACCCGGCUCUGGUGUCCGCCUCGCAGAGCCUGGAGGUGCCCAUCGCCAUGCUGCUGCACCUGGCCGUGCUCCCGCUGGUCCCCACCGCGCCUGAGGUGGUCGGGAACGUGAUGGUCAUACUGAGCGUCGGCUGGCUGGUGGCGAUGAAGCUGCUCCCCUCUCGAGUUGGUGGGCGGCGCCAGAGGGAGGAGUAUGAGGAGAUUCUGGACUCACCUAUCAAAUAGACUCUUCCUCUCUGCUCUUCACACCUCUGCUUUCUCUUCUGCUCACUCCCUCCUUCAUGAGAUUGGUUCCAGUGUACAUAAGAGACUGCUUAAUGUUUAUCGGAGCUUUAUCUAUUUUGUAUUGUCCUCUUUGCUUUUGGGAAAGUGCCAAUAUUGUGUUGUCUGUUAUAGUGACUAUGUGAUGUGACAUUAAAAUCUCUCUGAUGAACACGA